CAGGCUAAUUUCAGCUCUUCACUGAAGACAGAGCAGGACCAUGUGACUUUGGUUGCCGUAGUAACAGCUUCCUUAGCAACCGUCGGUCUCUAUUGUGACAUUCAGUAAGCUUUUAGUUUCCCAGGAUUCCUUUGGGUCUGUACCUGGACAGAAUGGACUCGGGUAAAGUCUGCAUUUAGAACAAAGCCUAAAUGGUCUUAUGUUAUUUUUAUUGAAAAAUAGGUUAAUAUGAUUUUUUUUCUUUCCCUGAAAGAGCCUGAAUUAAAGGAUAGGAUUUCAUUUCUAGCUCAACCAAAGGAGUCCAAGACCAUUUGGGCCACAACACCUUGGAUACUGACAUGGGGAAACCAGGAAUCGAUUCGGCCGCUGUCCCGCUCAGCACUGCAAGCCAGUCCGAGCCCCAGAAUAAAGGCCCUGGCCCAGCCUAAGAGAGACUUCUCCCUCCAGAUUCAGCUCAGGAAAGAGGAAGAGGAGGAGGAGAGGAGAAGGAUGAAGAUCUCCCGCCCUUCCUCUCAUGCAGUGCAGUAUGAGAACAUUGUCCGUCUAGCGACUCCCAAAACCCGAGGAAGAAGUGCCCAGGAAGUGAAUUAUCCACACUCAUUUUUGUGUGAGCAUGACUGUCCCAUCUGGCAUGUGAGUCCCAGUGUAAGGAACGUGGUGGUCUCACCUCGAAUCCUCCAGCUGGCCAACCCCAAAACCAACCACCCCAACUUCACCAGCAACAGACAGAAUGUGCAGACAUUCAUCUCAUAUGCAGCUCAAACAGCCAAGAUGACGUCCAGACUCGAGCAGCUCUCACUGCCCAAACUAAGAAAGAACAGACACUUCUACAACCCCGGACGACCAGAGAGUCCGAUCCGAACUGUGUCUAGGGGAGCAAGGAACGCCACGGCGAGUGCUCGGAUCCAAGCUUUAUCCACUCCUAAAGCCCUCUCUAAAGAUUACAUCCCACCCAGAGAACCAACAUGGCAGCCCUGAGAAAACAAGACAUGCCACAAAGCAGUCAUCGUGUGCAGUUAUUGUAUUUUGUCACUUUCUCACCACCCCCCUUUUCCUAUUAAGAGCUUGUUGAUUGGUUGAACUCUCAUUGCUUUCGCACUGGUUUUCUAAUCACGGCCUCAGAUUUUGACUCUGGACUACUUUUGACUGAAAUUUAAGUACCACAUUAUUCUUAGCCUGCUGCCAGAACCGCCUGGCUCCUCAAACAGGACUCUGUGUUUUACGCCUAUAGUGUUUCCAGAUUCUCUCUCGGUCUAGACGCUGCAAGGGAAUCUACGAUUAUCAGCAUCUGGUAUGAACAUCUGUGCAAGUUUUCUUGCCUGGACUUUCAUUCUACACAUUCAAUUAGAUUUUACUUAAGGUAUUUCAUUAGUUCCAUUGCACAUUAAAUUUACUGUUAAAAAACAAUAAACAACCCAUUUUAAAAAAGUAAAUCUUUAUAUUUAAAUAUUUUAAUUUACCAGGGAUGCUUUGUAGUGAUUCUUUAAUUGAGUAAUUGAAAAUGAGUUGUCAGUAACUCAAAAACUGUCACAUUUUUGCAUGUGUUUGGACUCUGUCACUACAGGAGCCAGUUGG